AUGAGAAGACAUAGUGACAAAUGCAUGCAAAAGAAGUUGCAUGAGUCUACCGAACAGAAACAAACCACCAUUCCGUUUCAGCCUUCACAAUCAGGUAAUCCCUUUCUUACUCCCGGUGCUAGAUACUCUAAUGAAAAGAUGAGAGAAAUAAUUGCAACUGCUAUCAUGGUUCAUGAAUAUCCUUUUAGUGUUGUUGAGGAUGAUGUUUGGAUGUGGGGUUUCCAAUUUGCAAACCCCGAUUUUCGUAAGGUUACUCAUAAAACAGCAAGAAGUGAUUGUGUGGCAUUAUUUGAGAAGGAGAAGAAAGUGUUGAAGAAACUUUUAGAAAGUGUAAGAAAGAUAAGUUUAACAACAGAUAUGUGGAAAUCUAGCCAUCAAGUAGUUGAGUAUAUGGUUAUCACAGGACACUUUAUUGAUUCGAGAUGGACUCUUCAAAAAAGAGUUUUGAGUUUUGUGAAAGUCCCUGCACCAAGGCGUGGUAUUGAUGUGGCUGAUUCUAUAUAUAAGUGUUUGAAAACUUGGGGGAUUGAAAGUAAGGUUUUUUCAGUAUCUGUUGAUGAUUCUUCUUAUAAUGAUUCAUGUUUAAGAUAUCUCAAAGAUGAUUUAUCUCUAAGUAAUAAGUUAAUCCUUGAUGGCUCUUUAUUUCACGUGAGAUGUUGUGCUCAUAUACUGAAUUUGUUGGUGCAAGAUGGCCUUAGUAAAAUUAAGGACAUCAUUUUCAAUAUUCGUGAAAGUGUUAAAUAUAUUAACCAUAAUGAUGCAAGAUUGAAGGCAUUUUGUGAUGUGAUUGCAUUUGCAUCCUACAAAGAAAGAGAGCCUCAUUAUGCUUAUGCCCCUUCACUUGAAGAAUGGGACAAAGUUGAGAAAGUUUGUAGUGAAUAUCCGACUGCAAAUUUGUAUUUGUCAGAAGUCUGGAAGAUGAAAGAAAUACUUGAUAAGGCAAAUGAAGAUGAAGAUCUCUUUAUGAGAGAGAUGACAAGUCCAAUGAAAAUAAAAUUUGACAAAUAUUGGGGAGGAUGUAAUAUGUUGAUGGCUAUAGCUAGUGUUUUGGAUCCUAGGUGCAAAUUUCAUAUGGUGCGUAUAUGUUUUCCCAAAAUAUAUAAAUCUAAAGAAGUUGCUGAUGAGAAUAUAAAGAAGGUCAAGCAUUCACUUGAAGAGUUAUAUGAUGAGUACGUAGCUAUAUCUUUGACAGAGUCUUCUUCUUCUUCUUCUGCUGUUAAUUUGGAUAGUAGUAAUCCAUCAUCAUCCCAAGUGAAUAUUGCACCUAUCAGAACUGGAUUUGAUGAAAUUAUGAGUAUUAUUCAAGAAAAUGAAGCCAUUCCUCCAAUAAAAUCAGAAUUGCAGGAUUAUCUUGAUGAAGGUAUUUACAUUCCUAAAAGUAGCUCUUUUUGUGCUUUGGAUUGGUGGAGGAACAAUAGCAUGAAAUAUAAGAUAUUGUCAAAGAUGGCUGCUGAUAUACUAGCUAUUCCAAUCUCAACUGUGGCAUCUGAGUCCACUUUCAGUGCUGGAGGUAGAGUUAUAGAUGAGUGUCGCUCUAAACUAAAUGAAGAAUCUGUUGAAGCUCUCAUUUGUGGUGGAGAUUGGUUCCGCCAUAAGUAUAAUGUGAAGAAAAAAUCAAAGGUUGAAAAAGAGAAGAUAUAUAUCACCUUAAAGAUCUGA